AUGAGCCAGACUGCCAACUCUCUUAGGGACAUCAGUUCGAUCAUGAAGCCAGUCCGAGUCGCAGUCAUCGGUGCCGGAGCCUCUGGAUUGGUUACCGCCAAGUACCUCAGCCAAUCCAGGGAGUUCUUCGGCGUACCCAAUGUUGAAGUUCGCAUCUUCGAGCGCGAAGAGAGUGUCGGCGGUGUUUACAGGUACAGAGUGUACGAAGAGGCCGAGAUGGUGUCUUCCAAGUAUCUCACGGCUUUUUCAGACUUCAGGGCUGCUCGAGAUCUUCCUGAUUUCCUGCCAAUGGGAGAUUACGUUCAAUACCUCGAGAACUACUGCACUCAGUUCAAACUUUGGGACCUCAUCCAGACUAGAACUGAGGUCCUGCGCGUGUCACGUACCUCCAGCGGUCAUCGUGUCGUUUUCAGACGAAUCGGCAAAGGGUCAUCCGACGAAACCAAGAAUGAGUUGGAAGAAUCCGAGUCGUGGGAAUGUGACGCUGUCGCCAUAUGCUCUGGACUAAACAAUGUUCCUUAUAUCCCGCCCAUAAAAGGCCUCGACGGCGUCAAGACUCUUCACUCGUCUCAAGUCAAAGAGAGAAAACAAUUUGGAGUCAACACGUCGGUAAUGAUCCUCGGGGCGGGGGAGACAGCGAUGGAUCUUGCCCACUUGGCAGUGACCUCAGAGGCCCGUGAAGUGACUCUGUGUCACAAGGACGGCUUCUUCUGUGCCAAAAAGACUGUUCCGCUGCCAGUUGUCAUGAAGAUGUGGAAGCCCGACCCUCGUCAGAAGCCAGUCGACACGGCGAUUGCCAGCUUCCUUGACACAGCUUACCUUCCAGAGAGGCUCCAACACUCCCAGUUCAUUUGGAACGUAUACGACAAGACGCUUAAAAGCCUACACUUUCUUUCCGGGGGAACCAGUGCCGGUCCAGAUCAGUGGGUUGGCCAGAUCGAAGGCGAUCGCAACAAUGUGGAUUCCUUGUUUCUGGUCAAGUCAGAUCGCGCGCUCCCAUAUCUGAACGAAGGAUACCGGGCGCAGGGCAUUUUCUCUCGUGUCCGAGCCUUUGUUAUGAACAUGGAGCUUAAGGAAACGGGCGGAAAGAAGAUCUUGACUGCCCCGUGGCCUACAUUGUUUUCAAGUGACGGCACGGUCACCUUCCCAGACAGCAAAAGAAAAGAGCAUGCUGAGGCACUCUCCAGAGGUACUCGACCUGAUUUGGUUGUCCUCGCGACGGGAUACGUUCGUCGGUUCUGCUUCCUGGGCGAAGACUAUCCGAAGCCGGACGAGCUGGAUGUUCGUGGCAUCUGGAGACGAGGCGAUGUGACUGCCGGCUUCAUCGGCUUUGUGCGUCCUGGUAUCGGUGCCAUACCCCCUCUUGCUGAAUUACAAGCUCAACUAUGGGUUUUGAACCUCCUUCGGUACAAGUAUCCCCAACAAGUGCCUAUGCCCCUCUCCGCUCCGGGUCAAGGCACGUGCCCCGAUGCCGUCGCCCAUUAUGAAGUUGACUACGCUCUCAGAGCUCGAGGAGGACACGAUUUCUUCAAGACCAAGCACGGUGUCGAGCAAGAAUCGUAUGCGUACCAGCUUGCGCUCGACAUGGGUGCCGCGCCAACGAUAUCUUUCAUGGCGCGUCAAGGCUUCAGAGCCUUUUACACCUGGGCUAUGGGGUCCAACUUCAAUACCAAGUUCAGGCUUGUUGGACCCUGGAAGUUGGAGGCCGGUGCUCUUUCCAUCAUGCGCGGAGAGCUCUUCGAGGUUGUAAUGCAGACUGGCGGUGGCGUGUUCUUUGCGACAUAUACUCUACUCCCACUGUUUCUCUUUGGUACUCUGACUGUCGUACUUCAUGUCACUGCUGGCUUCUUGCGGCUUCUUGGGAUGGAACAGUGUGCCAAUAACGUUCUCGGCUCAGGAAGUAUCCCGCGUCGAGAAGGUGACGAGCUUUGA